CCCUGGGGUUAUCUCCUCGAUGUCCUAGGGUUAUCUUAUCAUUUUGCUGUGACAACCUUGGAAUGACCCGGACGUUCAAGUAGCAGGUGUCGAGGCCUAAAAAGUGUCAAGACGGCCCUGCCUUUCGUGUGAAACUCGGAACUCAUCAAAGACAAGAAGUACAGUUAACAGAAAACCAUGACAGAUUCGCAGCCCAACAACGUUCAACCAGUGGAUUUGUCCAACUGGCGCGAGAGUCCACACAACCAAUGGUCUUUCCACAACAUUGAUAAGAUUUUGAAAACAGAAGUCAUCACGAAGUCCAAACAACCCCAAGAACUCGAGGAAAAUCUGCGAUCGUUUUCUGACUUCAAUCUGAAGCUCCAUAAUGGCGACCAACCGCCCCUUGACAUUGAAGGCUUUCUCGCCCGGUCCCAAUCUGAUGGCUUGUUGGUCCUCCACCAUGGCAAAGUAGUUUACGAGCGCUAUCCCCGUCAAAACACACAAGCGUCCUGCCACAUCCUCAUGUCUGUCACCAAAUCCGUCUGCGGCUUAAUUUUUGGCAUUCUUGCGGACCAAGGUCUUCUGACAGUCGACGAUCCUGUCGACAAAUAUGUUCCCGAACUGCGCGGGACCACCUACGAAAAUGUCACAAUACGGAUGUGUUUAGACAUGCGAUCCGGGUUGCUCUACGCCGAUGGCUCGCCGGAGUAUCGCGCAGCUACAGAUCUCCGUGCUUUUAUCGCAAAGGUCAAUCCUCCCCGGGCACCUGACGAUCGAUUCGAGUACGUUUCACUCAACACUGAUUUGUUGGGGUGGGUAGCGGAGCGUGCGGUGGCGGAUGGGAGGACCUUCACACAGCUCGUCGAGCAGUUGAUCUGGCAGCCCAUGGGAGCCGAACAUAAUGCUCUGAUGACUGUCGAUGCCGCGGGCGGGGCGCGUGUGGCAGGAGGACUCUCCGCGAGCCUACGGGAUCUAGCGCGACUCGGUCAGUUGGUUGCCGAGGGCGGCAAAGGUUUUGUACCAGCGGUGUGGAUUGAGGAUAUAUUCCAAGGUGGUGAUCGUGAGGCAUUUGCGCGAGGAAGUUGGGCAUCAGGUGUGUUUGAGGGAAAGUCAUAUAGAUCAUUUUGGGUGUCGGACUCGGAGCAUGAUACAGUCGUGGCCUUGGGAAUUUUUGGGCAGAUGCUCUUUGUCGAUCGCAAGAAUGGGAUUGUUAUGGCAAAGACGGCAAGUCAGGAGAAGGCUAUCGAUCGGAGCAUGACAAGUCUAUCAUGGCUUGCGUGGAAGGAGAUUGUGAGGAUCCUUAGUUGAGCAAGCAUUAUAUGUGAUAAAGAGAAUCGUCGCCGAGUCGUCCAGUCUCGACAAUUGCGAAUCUACAUCCGCUGCACCUAUGCCCGUGGUAUAUUGGAAUAACGACACAGGCGAACUUAGUAAGGGAAAGUAGGAUGUUCGCGAUUGCGGCGAUGCGACCUCGAGCCUAUUCCCUCUGCUCAAGUGUAUAACUGAACACUUCUUGUGGAGACCUGAGAGGCGUGAUAUAUCACACGGAAUGGUGUCAUUGACAAGGCAGUACAACUUAUGCGACAUCGGUAGUGUAGCGAUCAAAUACGGUGACCCUAGAACAUGAUCGUAAGACCAGCAUCCUUACAGCUGAUCCAAAG